AUGUGGGCAGCGCAUACAGGUGCGCCCCCAGGGGAUUUUACCUCUCUGCGGUGGAGUGAGAGUCAGAGUCUCCAGCGCGCCGAGAAUGCAACGGAAGUUCGAGACUCAGCCACUGCGGCCGAGCAGCCGCCAGAGAAGAAGAAGGAAGUCCCGACAGAGCGGGCGAGUGUGUUGCAACUCUUCUUCAUUUCUCUGGACGGCGUCUUCUCGCCGUCAGGACACAAGGCAGAGAACGAAAUAGAUGACCGCGCUUGCGCCACCGACUGCAGCAAGCAAAGAGGCUCGGCAGAUGUGAACAUGGAGAACAGCGGAGAAGAAACAGGGAAAGAACCUGAGGUCGACCCAGAGGCAGACAGUGUAGCCGUCAUGGCUCUCGAGGCGCGUCUUCAACUCAAUCCUUUCGACGCUGCAGCCUGGGAUGCCCUUCUGGAGAUGAACGAGAGCAGCGCGCUGUACGAGCGCGUCUUGGCGAGCUUCCCCACGAGCGUCAAGUACUGGAAACGCUACGCUGAGUUUUGUUACCGAACGGGGAAAGUUCAGGCGGCCUCUGCAGUGUAUAGACGCUGCAUUUAUGCUUGCCCACACCUAGACCUCUGGCUCUCGUACCUUCGCUUCCUCUACCGAGUUGGAAGUCUUCAUGACUUUGUCCAGAAUCUGCGCCGAGCGACGGACAAGGUCGGAUAUUCCUAUCGAUCUGCGCCUCUCUGGAUGGAGCUCCUUGCGCUGUAUAUUCGCGUUCACAAUACGCUGCUGCUCCUCAAAGGGAACACACAAGGCCUGCUGUCCGCACCGAAUCUCCCCGGCUGUUCGCCAGCUGGGCUCUCGCCUACGCCGCUGCUUGCGUCUGAGGAAGAACAGCGCAGCUUCUGUCGCCCUCUCAGCGCGACUGUUGGGCCUCUCUCAGAGAAACUUUCAGACGUAAAUGUCCUGCGGACGGCGUUCCAGCAGUGUCUGUCCACCGCUAUCGACGGACUGGACGGCGUCUGGGCAGCCUACUGCAGUUUUGAGAGUUCUGUGGGGGCGUCGAAUUCUCAACUCGCGUCCAAGUUAACCGGCGAAAUGGAACCGCACUUCGAAGCCUCCAAACAUGCCUAUCAGGAAAUUCUGCGUCUGACGCGACGCAUCGAUCCGCUCAUGCUGGCAGUGCCGCUCCAUGAGGCUGUGAAAAGUCAGGAGAUUCAGCUGCAGCUGGAGGCCUGGCGCGCGCUUCUUCGCUACGAAAAGAAAAAUCCGCUGCGCUUGCAUGCGAGUUCCCUGCUUCGUCGCCUCACGCACCUGUUUCAAGGUUGUCUCUUGAGUUGUGCCUUCGUUUCCGACUUCUGGAUCGAUUUUUUCCAGCUUCUCCUAGCCCAUAACCACCCCCAGAAAGCGGUGGCAGUUCUGCGCCGAGCCAUCGAACAGUUCCUUCCAGACGACGAGCUUUUGCAAUUGGUUUUGGCGGAUUUCCUGGAAAGUCGGCGACUCGUGAACGCAGCGGACGCAGUGUAUCGCUCGGCGCUGGCUGUGCAGGCGCAGCUGCACACAACAUCACUGUCUCCUGUUGGAGAUUCUGCUCCAGAGGGAGCCAUCCCAGGAGGCAGGUCUGGCGGCCCGGCGUCUGCUGUCAUGCUGAUUCGCUUCUUGGACUUCAUUCGAAGAACUCACGGUGAGACAGCGUGGCGCACGAGCUUCUACGAGAUUGCCAAGUUCCCUCAAGGAUGUCCUUGGGAGGUUUGUCUCGCCUAUGCCCAGGCCGAGUGGUGUAUCUACCGUUCAGAGGCAAAUGCGUUGCGAGCGCUGCGGAUCGCCUACCAACGCUACCGGCUGCAUGUCCACUUUCUCCUUGCUUAUGUCGACUUUCUUGUCAACAUUGGCCGCCUAGAUGCGGCGAGAGAACUGCUUCGAAUUUCCGUCUGCGCUCUGCAAAGGGAACAAGGAACUGGGAGUGCUUUGCUGUGGCGCAAAUGGAUUCGGCUCGAGCUGCGCUACGGAGACGCGGCCUCGCUGCAGGGGGUGAUCUAUUUGAGAGCUCAGCAGCGAGCUCAGCUUCCCCUCGACGACGCAAGUUUGCUUCAGUCCGCGGCGGAACUCGAGGGUGGGCCUCUCGACUCUUCUGGAGCGUCGGCGCUGACGGACGCCGAGGGUCGACACCGGGCAGAGACAGCUGUGCUCUGCAAUCGCAACUCGGUAGCGCAUGCAGAAGGAAAAGACAAAGCAACAGACGGCGCAACCGUUGAAAAGGACGACCUCGCUCGCGCCAAACUUGCCGUCCGCAAACGCCAGUUCAUGGGAGGAGAUGGUCUGAACGAGAUUGCGGACUGCUACCACCUGCUCGGUCGCCUGGCGCCUCGUUCCUCGCUUCUGCGUUCUUUUUUCGCCGACGCAGAAGAGGCGGAACAGACAGCAGAAGACGCAUUCGAUGAGGACAUGGAGAGAGAAGAAGACGGAGAGGAAGGCGAGUUCCACAGAGAGGCCGAGAGAGGCAGAAGCGGAGGCCGGAGGAGAGGUCCGAGGCUCGGGAAACACCGGAAGGGAGAGGGUGGAGACCGCGACUCGCGGCCCACUGCUGCAGGUGUCUGUACAGAGCAGGAGCCCCAGGGCAAGGUGGAGGCGGAGGCGCGAAUGGGCGAGAUCGCGGCAGCGGUGGCGAGCACCGCAGUGGCCACAGGAGCGGGGUACACGAGCAAGCAGCUGUCGGAAACAGCGAAAAGAAAAUUUCCGGAGAUGGCCGCGAUGGUCGCUCCAGACAAGGAAGACGCCGAGGCGUCUGCGGGCCCUCCGGUCGACCCGCCUAAGGCAAUCUGCGAUUUACUUGCACUGCUGCCGAAGAACGACAUGCGCAACUUCGUCGAUGCGGAUCUCGUGGAGUACACGAUGAUGGCGUUAGCGGGCCUGGAGCUCCCGGAAGUCCCAGAAUCUGAACGCGUUCCGAUCCCGGUCAAGGACCUCCUGGCUUUGCGGCACUCGCAACUCCAGUGUUUUCGGGCGAUGCAAAUCCAGCAGCAUGCGCUCGCCGCUUCUCCCCAAAGGCAAAAAGUCCCGGGGGGUUCUGGGUCUGGAGCUGAGGCGGCAAGCGCGGGGCCGGCUGCCGACGAGGAGCCAGACGCAGAGUCGCGUUCGGGUCCGUCUCCGUCGCCUUUCCCCGAUCGUCGUUCCUCGUCUCAACCGCGGUCUUUCUUUGGACACCGGCGGCGCGGCGAGGCAUCUCGCGACGGUCGAGGCCGCCCGCGGGCGUCUGAGGUGCUCAGUUCUGCUCUUUCAGACAUUUCUAGCGGAGACGACGAGGCACCUAUCCCCCCCGACCUCGAAUUCUUCGCGAGCGCCCCCGGCGAGUUGGGUGAGCCAGGAUAUUUGCAUCCUCAUUUGCACGCACCUGGCGAGGCGGCUGCAGGGGGCCCGGCGCCUUGGCCCGCAACGCUCGCCCAUGCAGCGCCGCCUCCGAGGGCAGGAGGCAUCCGACAGCCGCAUGCGGUGGGGGCGCGUGCUCUCGCUGCUGGUGCGUACCCGGUCCCUCAGCAGCUGGUCUAUCCUGGCCAAGAGUUUGUGGUGGCUCCUGGCGGCGCCAUUCAUGCUCGAAGUGCCCUGGGCCGCGAGGCGUUCGUGCCGGGGGCAGUAGGCCCGCCUCUGUUCCCCUCGGCUGCGGGGGGCGUCCCAACGGCCUGGGUGUUUCCUGGCGGUCCGCCUCCAGCCAGUCUUGACCCUCAUUUGGCAGGGAUUAUGCCUGGUGCUGUGCCCUAUGGACAUGUGUAUCCGCAAAUGCAUCCAUUGCCGACCCCGAUGGCUGCCACCCUUGGUGCGCCGCGCCACGAUGUUCCGCUGGGCUGGCAUGCGGCACCGGGCUUCCUAGGCGGGCUGUUCGGAGGCGGUCCGCUGCCUAAAGCCACUCGCAGGCGUCUGGAAGCUGAGUAA